AUGACGCCGGCAGAGGAGGAGCGCAUCUACCGUGAGUGGCAACGAGGGGAGGUGGCCAAGCGCCAGAAGGCCCUCUUCCGUACCCGAGCAGACACCAUCACCGACCAGCGCAAUCGAGAUCUCGAGGCGAGACGCAGGAAGCUGAGGGAGGUCUUGUGUCGCGAGUACGGAGAAACGAUGCGAGCUUGUGAGGAGAGGCUGCAGGCGAUGGAAAUUGCGCGCAAAGAAGACUUCAUCAAGGAAGCCGCGCACAUUAAGGAAUUGAUUAGAGCCAAGAACGCCGAGAUCGCCGAACGCCAGUACAAACGCCAGUUCAAGAUUACCUGCGACGAAAUUCGCGAGUGCAAACCGAAGGCGCAUCGUCUGGAGGUAACCAAAGACCAGAAGGCCAUUGACGCCUUCAGGAGGAAGAAGCGAGACUUCGAGAAGGAGUGCGAGACGAUUGUUGAAAACCAGGUCGACGGAUUCCCGACAAAACUUGUCGAGGCGGACAAACUUCGGAUUGAGGCCAAAAAAACCGCGAACAAGACCCAACAGCAGUUCCUUUUGGGUCAAAUUGCCGAUGCUGAAGAGAAGAGGAAGGGCAGUGAGCAGGAGAAAAUCGAGGAGAUUCGAAAGGCGGAGGAGGCAGCUAAGGAGGCGGCGGAGUUGAAGCAGAAGGAAGCGCUGAAACUGGCCGAAAGCAAGGAGAAACUGCGCGAAAGCCUUGAGUGCCAGAUAGCGGAGAGGCGAAAGUCCAUUCAAGAUCGUGAAGCCCGUGAAGCUGCCUUCGACGCAGCCAUGGCUCAGCUCUGGCAACCGCUGCCGAAGCAGACCGACCACAAGGCGCACAUGCGGAAGCUUAAUCGUGAGGCCAAGUACUUCCUGCAGCAUCAGCAGCAGGUCCGCGACCACCGCAAGUGCUUCGACGCCGACGUGGACCGCAGACGCGCGGAAAUAGCCGAGAAGGAGCACAAGGAGCUGGUCGCGCGUGACAUGGCACGCCGAUGCCACAUUGUGCAAAUCAACCGCGACGCUUUCGCUGCGCACAAGGCCGGCGCAGAGGAGAAGGCCAAACGACUGGCCGAGUUGAAGGCGUUGGACGACAAGGAGACGCAGCAGAUGCUGGAGGAACAGCGCAUUCAAGGCGAAAAACGCGACGCCUUGGAAGCUGCCAAGGAGGCUGAACGCAGGGCGGCGAAAGCCUCGCUCAUGAAGCAGUUGGAGGCGAUCCGCGAGCGGAGGAAGCAGGCGGCUGCGGAGGUUGAGAGAGAACGGGAAUGCUACCGGCUGGCCGAAAAGUCGUACCUCGAUAAGGUGAAAGAGCUCACGGAAUCUGGUGACUGCUGGAAUGAGGCAAAACUGCAUCCGUGGCGCAAACCAACCAAGGGAAUUUCACACGUGCAGUAG